GGGAUGUGGCCGACGCCCCCGUUAGGACAGCAAGCCUGAGCCAGCAAGCAUCAACGCCAGCAGCACAGAAUUCUGGAAGGGAGGAAGCUUGUAACCGAUGCGCAUGUGCAAAUGCUGUUGCUCCUCAAACCGAGCAUAAUGUUAGGAGAGGAAUGUUGACGACAAGGAGAGCAGAGAUGCUCAUCAGAGCUGCUUGGACGUGCAUCUGGGCCACAAGAAGCAUCUCCAUGUGCAUAAGAGAGAGACUGCAUCUAGAUCCUCUCAACAGCGCUGCGAGCCCAUGCCCUAGGAUGUAUAGUAGCCGGGACUCGUUCCUUCAAUUCAGAAGCGGCCGUCCAAGAGGAUCCAGGAGGGUCUUGGGGGGGUUCGUGCUCGACGACAGCAGUCCUUGUGAUGAAGCCGGACGCAUACAAUGAUAGAACCAGAUGGCCUCCGAUGCCACAAAGCAGAAGCAAGACGUCCACAUUGAUCUGACGAG